ACAUUCCGGCUGAUUCCGUCAUGGUGCUCCUUCAUCUCAGAGUUGAACGAGUGGCGAAUCGGCAGUCCGAGAAAUUCACCCACAGUUGCACAAUGGCAGACAGGUACCAGGAACAGCUGCAGCAAGAUUCACAGUUCCUCUGCGCUGAGCAGCGCGUGGGCACUGAGCUCCUGGACAAACUUGUCCUCCAGCUGAACCGGAUUUACCCUCAGAUACUGACAGACAGGGAAGCACAGAAAUUCCGUAACUUGAGUGUGCCUGCAGCCACACGUUUGGCUGAGUUGCUGAGCCAUCUGCAGGGGAAGGGGGAGGAGGCAUGUCAUGAGUUUUAUCGAGCACUUCACCUUCAUAAUGAAGACCUCUACCUUAGCCUGCCUACUCGUGUGUAUCGCAGAGAGGCCCCAGAACUAAGUGGAACUAACCCUAAACCUUUCCACAAGGAGCGCUGUGUCCUUAACGACAGGGGUCCUCUUUUCUUCCUCUGUUGUUUCAGCAUAGCUUUGGGGCUGGCUUUACUUCACUACCAUAGGGAGGGAAAGAUUGUAACUGGUUCUGUCCUCAGCUGUACGACGUUUGGACUUGGCCAACAUGCUAGGCAGAUACUUCUGUCCUGCUCAAACAGUGGAACCAAGAUGGAAUGAAGACAGACGAAGAAGAAGCUCCUACUCAUCCCAGGACAGACAUCCUGUAAUUUCUGUUAUGCCAAACCAGGUUGAGCAAAGACUGUUGUCAGCUAUUUACCAAACAAAAUCUGUGUACAUUCUGUAAAUAAUGUUUUAGAGGGCAGGUAACUUACUGAGGUUAGUUUUAAUUCCAAAUAUUUGACACUAGUUUGUUCUAAGAACAAAUGUAGUCUUUGUAUGCUCUUUAAAAGAGUGUAGGUUUAGACUGCCUGAUUUAAAACCUUGUAAUGUGUUUAGGUUUUCAGUUACUCAGCAAGGUCACUCCCAUUAUUUACUCGCCUGUGGGCUUUGAUAGAUACAUCGUGGCAUAGAAAUGAGGCCAUCAUACCUGACCACUUUAUUUACAGUUAACCCAGUACUGUAAGGAACUCAUUUUUAAUGUUGAAUAACCAAGUACUCACAUGCUGAUCAGUGCCUUACUCAGGGGCAGAUUUAGUGAUUCUGGGCUCUAGGCAAAAGAGAAGAAUGGGGCCCCCUGGAUGUACAUUUUAAAUUAGUGGCGCAUCUGUCUGCACUGCAGAAAAUGAUAUCUUGGCAAGUGAAAUUAUCUUAAAUCUAGUAGUUACAUGUAAUAUUUCUCAUUUUGAGAAAUACUGAAAUAUUAUAGAUUAUUUAUCAUUUCCUUCUCAUUUUGCUUGUUUUAGGAAAAAAAGCUUUAAACAAGCAAAAUUGUAGCAUCACGUAACUACAUGGAAUAGUUCAUUAUAGCUAGUCCCCGGGGGCUGCAUUCAAAUUACUGAAAAUAAUCACUAUGGUUAUUUUUUAAAUGUAUAUAUUUUGGAAUAGAUUAUUUAAUGUCAACACAUACAGUAUAUCUUUUUAUAUACUAUAAAUAUAGUAUAAUUUAUAUAGUAUAAUUUGUAUUUUCAUGGGGCCGUUGGCUGCUGGGGGCUCUAGGCAGCUGCCUUCCAUUGCCGAGUGCAAAGACCGCCCCUGGCCUUACUAGCUUACACCUUUAGAGGGAUAAUUCUUUAUUUUGAUUGGUCAAAAAGGCCUACCAUCCCCACAGAUACGCUCCAUAGGCUGUAGUUCAGAUGUUUGUUGCAGUUUGAAUGGUGCUCUUAAGCUGAUAAACUACUCAACUAAACUCCUGAACUUCUGAAUGUCAUCUUCAUAAAUAAAGUUUAGUGGGUAAGAACAACCUUGAGUUUGAUUCCGCAGAAAGAACUGUCUUUAAAUGGUUAAAUGGAACUGUUUAAAAGCUAUGGGCAGCUUCUACUGUUCAGAAGCUCUGGACAGCUUCUUUCAGUUGAUGUUAGGUUAGGUAGGCUGAAGUUUCUCUCGACUCCCUUGAGAACACCAUAAAAACAACGUCUUUCUACAGUUAACAAUAAAACCUUAACAUGUUUACUCCUGCUGCCCAUCAUACAAAAAAACACUAAUAACUGAUAAAAGACUGGUAACUGUUGUAAGAUGCUGCAGUCAUGGAACAAGACUGCAGCCUGGUCAAGUUUUGUGCUGUUUUUCCUUAUCCUCUCUCUCUAAACAUUGCACUCAUGUCUACAGCUAUGAAUAAAAUGUUCAGCCUUGUCAUCGCUACUAAUGUCGGUUUGUUAAAUGCGACUCGACUCAUUAAUACUGACUCUACUGA